AUGGAUCACUCAGUUGGGAAAGGUCGAUACGAGCCAAAGAGCGUCUCGUCUGUAUAUGUUCAGCUUACAAACGUGCGUGCAUACAGGCAGCCGGACACUUUGGUGGACCACCAACGUGCGAUAAUUAGCGAGAAUUACAAUUGUCAGAUAGCUCGUUAUAGAAAAAAGAAUUGCGAAGAAGCAAGGACGUUACACGUAUACAUACGACAUGUUACACGAUCCCCUUGA